UCUCUGUAGACGACACGAACGCUCUCAGCGGCGGUUCUUCUCCUCGCCGUCUCCUGCGGAACUUGGGGGACGUCGACGUCGUCGCCGACUUCCGUGCGACCGGACUCCGUGCAAGCUGAUCCUCCGGCUACACGCGACUCAGACGUCCGCAGUGGAUACCUUCUUCGAGCGGCUUUGGUUUUCUCUAUUUCACUUUAGUUUUCGGAGCUUCUUCCACUGUCCUUCCGACCCCCUGUCAUUUCACUGGAGUUGACAUCGGUGAAAACUCCAACUCGAGGGAGUUACGGAGGAGCGCCGCGGUUUGUCCUGGAAGGAGGAACUAUGGCGUAGUCCACACAGCGACCCAAGCGCCAAGCUUGCCCAUCGAGGGUCGGUGCUUCAAGAGCCAUGCACCGGAUAUCGAAGAUGUCACGUCACAAGUGGCCGCGGAUCAUCGUGGCCGCCUGGCUCGUCCACCUGGUGUCGGCCGAGUUAGGUGCGCUGUCGCAAGGCGACGGCAACGACAUCACGUCCUCGUCGUCCGGCGAAGGAGCCGACGACGUCGGCAACAGUUCGGCGGACGGCGCCUCCAUUUCUGGUCCCGGUGGCAGCAAGCGCAAGCUGCUCCUCUCUAGUCAGGUGUUCACCUUCCUCAAGGAGACGUCGUUCCUUCGUGUCGAGCCGACCUUCUGGCCUCUGCAGCAGACCAGGGAGGUCACCUUCUCGUUCAAAACCCAAAAGCCACAUGGACUUCUCUUCUACCACCUGCUGGAGGAGUCGUCCGACUUAGACAGCGUGCCAAACUACGAGCUCUAUGUCAUGCUCGAGAACGGCAGGCUCAAAAUCAUACACAUCCUCAACACUGAGGGCAACGAGAUCUUCUACGUCGGGAAAGGGCUGACCCGGGACCGAUGGCACACGGUGACGCUGCGCGUCACGCCCUCCGAAGGCGAGAUGCGAGUGCGCGUGGACCACGAGGAUCUGAACAUCAAGCUGUCGUCGUUGGUGCAUCGAGGAGGAUACGACAUCGGAUCCGAGACCACCUCGUCCUACCUCUACUUCGGCUCCAUCGAUCCGAAGAACUCCUCCGUGGACAUGCACUACAACACGGACAGCUUCUUCGGCUGCCUGGGGCGAGUCAGCUUCAGGUUGGAGAACGGCAGCGCCGUCGACGCCGCGCUCACGAUCGAGGAGGACGUGGUGAGGGACUGCGUCGACCUGUGCGACAAGUACGACUUCUGCCUCAACGGUGGUCGCUGUGUCAACCACUACAGCUAUUACGGAUGCGACUGCUACGGCACCCACUAUGAGGACCACAUGUGCGGAUACGACAAUCUGACGACGGUGACAUUGAGGGGCAACUCGUACAUCACGUACCGCAUAUACGAUUGGAAAGAUCGGGUCCACUCAGACUUCAACAGAAUCAGCAUGAUGUUCAGAAUAUACGUUCCCGAAGCGGUUCUUUUCCUGGCCACGGGUGAGCACGACCCUAAGAACACAGUAGCGGCCAGCAUAAGAGGUGGCGCUCUCUUCUUCAGCAUAGACUUCGGCCGGGGACUGCUGAACGUCACCAUGGGCUCGAAUCUGCACGACGAGAUGUGGCACAACUUCACAAUGAUCCACGACGGGAGCCAAGUCACCCUGUACAUGGACAAGAUGAUUCACACGCUUCGAAUCAGCGACAACAACUACUACCUGCACCUGGAUCCCGACAUCUACAUCGGAGGAGUGCCUCACGAGGCUCCAGGGCUGGUGACCGACCUCAAGUUCGUGGGCUGCUUCCGUGAGGUGUACUUCAACCGGGACAACUGCCUGCAGUCUCUGCGCAAGGGCGAGCCCAAGGCGCGCCACAACGGCAUCUUUCCGGUCGAGUACGGCUGCGCCCUGGUGGACACCAUCCCGCUCACGUUCCCGUUCGCCGAGUCACGGCUCACGCUGAACUUGCCUAGCAAGACGCGCCUCGACAUCUCCGUCGACUUCAAGACCCAGCAAAACGAAACCGUCAUCGCAUCUAGCCUGCUGCGCUCUGACAAGGGACAGGGAUUCUGGGAGAUUCGUCUGAAGAAAGGCACUGCCAUCUUCACCAUCGUUCCGGACGAGACGAACCCGUCGCACUACUGGUUCCUUAGCAAGGGCAAGCAGCUCACUGAUGGCCACUGGCAUCAGGUUGGCGUCAUUUUCGAGAACGAAAAUGUGGAGUUGACGAUCGACUUCAACCGGAAGCUGAAGGACACCUACCCCCGUCCCGUGGAGCUCGUCGGGCCGCUCGUGAUUGGAGGAUUCCCCAAGCAGCACGUUAUGGGCUUCGUGGGAUGCAUCCGGGACAUAUACGUGGAGAAGGAGUGGGUGGACCCUCGCAAGGUGGUCGGCACGGAGUACGCGCACGGCGAGGUCUCGCUGGAUAAUUGUCAGCUCAUCAACCCCUGCAACAACCCGAAUGCGUGCGAGCACGGCGGCCAGUGCUACCUGGACGGUUCACGCUUCAAGUGCAACUGCAACGGCACCGGAUACACGGGAAAGACGUGUCACUUCUCGACGUACAAGCGUACCUGCCAGGAACUGUUCCUGGUGGGCUAUCGAAAGUCCGGGACGUAUAAGAUCGACAUCGACCGCAACGGCCCGCUCCCGCCGGCACACGUCGAAUGUGACAUGCAGCGCCCCGACGGGUCCAUCGCAACGAAAGUCAACCACAACAUGCAGCGCGAAAUGGUCGUGAGGAAAUAUGGUCUGGAAGGCUUCUACAUGGACAUCACCUACCGAGAGUUCACGCCUGAGAUGCUGCAGUCCCUUAUUCAUGCAUCGAAGCAGUGCUACCAACACAUCACUUACGAGUGCUUCAAGGCUCCCCUUGGACUGGAGAGCUACACGUGGUUGGAGUCGUCGUCGGGCCGCCACUACGUGACGAGCAUCGGCAGCGGCCGACCCGCCUGGUGCCAGUGUGCCGAAACGCGAAGCUGCUCGAACGCUUCGCGCCUAUGCAACUGCGACGUGGCCGACGGCCGCUGGCGGCUUGACGAAGGCAUCUACGACCGACCCGAGGACCUGGGCAUCGUGCGCAUAUACAUGCUCCAGCCCAAAGGACUGGCCCACGACGCGGAAGCCCGGAUGACCCUGGGACCUCUCGAGUGCACCGAUACCAACACGCAGCAGUACGUGAUCACCUUCAAGACGGCGCCCUCGUACCUGGAGGUGCAGACCGGCUGGCGCCGAGGAGACCUGGCCUUCAGCUUCCGAACGUCUAGCAAGCGAGCCGUGGUCCUCUAUCAGGCGGCGCUGCACGAGAAGCACGGUUACCUGCUCGCCAUGAUCACCAGCGACUACGAGCUCUCGUUCGAGUACACGGUGAACGGCGAGCCCCGCAUCGUCAAGCUCCUGUCGCGCAGCCGCCUCAACACGGGUGAGUGGCAGCAGGUGUGGCUGGACCACGACACCCACCACAUGCGGUUCACCGUCAACCUGGACUCCGUCAUGGUCGACCUGGCGAAGGACGAAGGGGUCGGGCCCUUCGAAGGCCCUCUUUACAUCGGCGGCGCACCAAAGGACCUGCUUACGCAUCCGGACAUCACCGAAGGCUUCAUAGGGUGCUUUAGAGGACUGAUUAUCAACAAUCACGUUGUAAACCUUUACAACCACCUAAGUCGCAGGGUGCCGGACAUCGUGAUGGACUGCCAGCCGUCGUGCUCUUCGAACCCGUGCCAGAACGGCGCCACCUGUCACGAGAACUGGGGCUCUUACAACUGCGAGUGCGAGAACUCGCUCGCGCACAGCGGUUUCAACUGCGAGAACAAUCUGAACGAGAACUCGAUGACGUUCAUCACGUCGAGCUCGUGCUACCACCGGGCCACCCUGGGCAACGUGUCGGAUCCCGUUCUCGAACAGGACAUCCUGCUUAGCUUCCGCACCUACCAGUCUGAGGCCCUGCUCCUCUACUCGUUCAACCACCUCAACAACUUCGUGCAGCUGCACUUCGAGAAGCGCAAGCGCGUCGUCUUCACUUUCAACUCGCAGCGCUCCAUCGUGCAAGGCUUCGUCGAGGCGCCUGACUUGGCGACAGGCCGCAUCGUACAGGUGUUUGUGGACCGGCAUCCAGACCACACUAUCCUGCAGGUCAACGGGAACAAUGUCACCAUUCCCUACCCAAUGACUUUCCUCGACACUUACUACAAGGACCCGUGGGUCAAGGGAGAGGAACUCGAGCUUGUAAAACCAGCCAGAGGAACCUUCGAGAGUGUUCCCAACAGCCAGAUGUACUUGGGAGGCGUCGACUUCGUCGGAGCAACCACCAACCUGCCCGGUCUGGUCGGCUGUCUGCAGGGACUACGCAUCGGAACCACUCAGGUGGACCUUAUCAAAGAUGUCGCGAACCAAAAUGUCACCAAAGGACAAAUACGUCCCGGCUGUAAGAUGAUGUGCGACUCCAAGCCCUGUCAUCACAGCGGGCUCUGCAUCGAAGACUGGAAGAACAACCUGACGAGCUGCGACUGCUCUAUGACGUCAUACCAGGGAGAUAUCUGCCAGACCGAUAUCGGAGCCAGUUUUGACGGCAAGGCUUGGAUCGAAUACAUGUUCACACCCGAGUCGACGGGGCAGGACCGGAUAUCCAUUGCGUUGGCCUUCUCUACCAAGAUGAAGGCAAGCGUACGACAAGCGAUCCUGCUCGUACAGUACGCACAGAGCCAACACUAUGUGCUCGUGGCUGUGACGCCAGAAGGGGCGCUGCAGAUCCAAGAGAACCACGCGUCGGCGAAAGCCUUUCGUACAGUGUUCGGAAAGCAGAUGGGAAACUUCGCGGACGGCUUCAGGCACUGGCUGCUCUACCGGCGCAUCGAAAGCGACGCCCGAGUUGUGGUUGACGGCAAGGAGUACGUCCUCACCAGCACCACCCCUGACACGUCGGGACCCACGGUGGACAUCAGCUCCAGCCUCGUCAUCGUGGGCGGUACCAAGCGCGACCCGCGAUUUGGCGACUACGGCGACUUCCAGGGAUGCGUCUCCAACGUCGUCGUGGAACUGCGGACGCUCAAUAUUCGGCCACUGGAGACCUACUUCGGUUACCAGAAGGGGGCGCUGGAGAAGGUCAAGGUGUACGGCACGCUAAGAGAAGGAAGAUGCGCCGAGUUUGCGGCUAUCAUCGGGGACAAAACAGAGGCCAUCUUUAAACCUCCAGCGGUGAGCGUACCGGAGUGGCACAAGACGAACCCUGUCCUGGUUCCCUACAAGCACAACUCAUUCCAUCCUCAAGCAACCAAGCUCCUCUACGCCAAGGCAACCAGCACGCGGGUGGCAGUCAUCAUGGGUGUCGUGUUGAUCGUGGUGCUGAUCGGGGUGUUCCUCUACGCCUGGCGACUGCAGAAGCGUCACAAGCACCAGAAGUUGCGCGAGGACAUCUCUUACUUCCGCCAGGGAUCCACCUACAGUCCCGCACGGCCGACGCCCAGGCGCAAGGUCAACUCGCCCGUCAAAGCUGUCAGCUUCAGCAGGGUGAACAGCGAUUACCAGCCGGUGCCUCAGACAAAGAAUGAAGUGCUCUCGUCGACGCCUCGCAAGUCGCUGGAGAUCGUGAUACCAAAGUCUCUGCCUCUGGCCAACGCGACCCCACCGAAGCCUAUUCUGAACAACCGAAACUCGACCCCAGCAGUGUCGCCCAUCGUAAACGGCCUAGGUCAGCACAAGUCAAAGCGACCCGUAUCAACGGCUUCCCAGGAGCUUGAAUGGGAUCCUGCAGCCGAUAACGACCUUCUGGGUUCUUCGGAAUUGAGUGCCAUGGAUCUUGGAGAUGACGAAGACUUUCCCGAGACGCCCAGGAAGGCAGGCAAUGCAGAGACGAUGCCGUCAAACGCCUACACACUGGGAGCGUAUAGCGGUAGCUUGAUAUUCACCAACGCCCCCUACGACUCUCCGUCCGACUGAGGGAGGGAACGCGGCGCCGACUGGAGCGCUCCACGCGGGCACCUCGGCAAAAACAGUGGCUGCUAGCCCUCGUUAGGGUUAAGCCGGAUCCAUCGCCACAAGCAGUGCCGGGACGAUUUCGUCCCUCCUGAAAAAAAGAGUGUCGUGAAAUAGUGCCUCUGCUACGCUCACUUGUAGAGAACGGACUCUCAACGACCCAUCCUCCCGGUGUGCUCUAAUAGAAGUGUCGUUUCUUUGUAGAAGUCGAUAGCGCGUAUUACCAGUGACUCCGCAAACCAUCUCACGUUCGACCAAGGGACACUCUUCCCACAUCAGUGCUUGCUCGGCGUGAUUAUAAGGACUCAGAAUGUCACCUUUACGUGCGUCUGCUUUAGGUGGAACCGUAACUUGUGACAGGAGGCUCUUUCAAGGUGACGUGACUAUAUCUCCUUUCUCAAGCGCGCCUUUAGCGCAGUUCUUUUUUUUCCUAUGCAAUCACAAACCCCACCUAUUGGACUGAAGUGAGUCUGUGACGAAGCCAUUUCGCUUUCACUAUGUCCGUUGGACAGUUUGAUAUCCAACGGGAAAUGCCUGCAGCUCCAGGCAUGAAGAGGGCCUCCAACAAAUAACCAAAUCGACAGGCCUCCGUGCAGAACCAAAGAACAUUAGCUAUAGCAACUUCAUGACCGUGUUCCACAUGGGCCUUCAUGUUUCGCACCAUUGUGCCCUCGUGCUAAUUUCAAGACUUGUUCUAUAUAUGGAACCGCUGGUCACCUGAAAAUGCGGUGUAAUUUGUGCACUGAGGUUUUGUGCUGAAGACAACACGCCUGCAAGUUUUACUGUGACAUUCUGCUGGCUCGAUCGAAUACAUUUUCGGGCUGGCUGUCCAUACAAGCUAGAGUAGUGAAGAUUGCAGAUAUGAGGAGGCUGUGAGCUGAAGUAAGGUUCAGCAACGCUUGUAGCGUGUAGGAUGCGGCUAGUCUUACCUUAGUGGUGUUCUUGUGUUGUGAGUUCAUUUCAGAUUUCAUGCCAUUCUUUGUUGUUCCGACUUAGUCAUUUUUGGUAUAGGCCGCCAUAUAUCAUAGCUGCGUCUCAAGAUAAAGCUUUUGUGCCAUGUGAACGUUUAGUAAGACAUUGAAGCUCAAUUCAAGUCUUCAUAUGCCUUGAUAUGUAAACAAGCGUGUUAUAAUGAGCAGUCAAAUGCGGGGGAUUAUGUUUUACUUCCGCUGUUCGAAGCAAGUUUAAUAUUUUGCAGUUUUUCGAUAUACCGCGUGACGCGGAGCAUUGUUCACCGUUGAAUGCAUUUACAAGGACGUUUAACAUAGAAAUAUUUUAGUACAAGUACAUGCACAAUCAUAAUACCAUUUGGUUAUGGUGCUAACAACUGGUGUACUAAGUAGUUUGCAAAGUGCCUCAAAGGAGUUAGCAUUGUCUAACCAGUUUCUAGAGAGAAGAGGCGCAUUCUCAGUAUAAGCUCAUUCAAGGGGCAUUUAUCCACAGAAAAGGUUAGCGCGCAAAGAGACAGACGCAGGAUGAAGAAGAUGAAGGCACACCACAAGUGCUCUAAGCUUUUGCGCUGUUUGUGUUCUAAUUCCUUCUGUGAAUAUGCUAUGCCAACUAUCCCAGCUAGCCAUCUUGUUAUAAUUGCAUUCAUCACUUCAGCUAAGCAUUUUAGCGAAAUUCGCGGGACGUAGUGACAAGAAACAGUUACCUGUGAACAUUCCGGUGGCAUUCGUAGUGGUUACUAUAGCCCUAUAUGCAGUUGUAGAAUUACAGCGCACUUCGCGAUGAACACGUUAUACGGAAGACCGUGUUUUAAUGAAGCGUGACAUAUUUGUUUCCAUACAUAUCUUUAAUAAAUUGCUGCGGUUUUUCAAUGCAGUGUGUGAUAAGAAAAAAAAAAGCCUUUUUCUGACAUGUGAUGAUGCCUCGCGAUCACGUAUGAUGGUUCAGCCGAGGCAGUUUACCGAGCCAAUCGCACGGCAAUUGAAGCUCGUCAUCUACAUCACUGGCCUUUCAUAACCGCUAACCCACAUUGCAGUACAAUUCACACAUUCCAUUAGAUAUAGUCAAUUGUCGUCAAUGAUGAUGUGUCAUCGCAGUACAUGUAUAUUACAUGCGUAGUACUAUCUUCCUUUUAUUUCGUAGCUCAGAUGUCGAGUAUAUUCCUCUUGAAUGUAACGUAUUCAUUGAAUGAGUGGACGUAUAUUUUUAAGAGCCACGAUGUAUUUCGUCAUGUUAUUUUAGCGUAGCGGCAAAAUGCGAAAAUUUCAGAGCUCGCGGCCCCUGUUAGGCCAUGCUUGCCGUGUCUGCCAGGAAAAGAGCGUUCGUUUCCCGAAAACAGCUGCUUACGACGACUACUUCGUUCCACAAAACGCAAGCAUGUGACUUCGCGCAUAGUGGACACGGGUCACCAGACCAAGGUGCAAUCUGUGGCUCACAGGCAAAACCGAGAUGUGUCACUUGAGGCUCACAGGAAAAUUUCCUUGGCUAUUCACAGCUACAACAGCUAUGAUGAGUUUAUGCUAUAAUCAAGACCAGACUUGAACGAGAUAUUUAGGUCUUUUUUUUUCCCCGCAUGUAGCGAAGGAUGGAAGGUAAUAAUCAUCACGACGUUUUAUAACCAUGUUGACGUUGUUUUCUGGACUACAGGUUGUGCUUCCAGAUCUCAAUUUUUUACGACUGUACAUCAGAGCAUUCCGUUUUUGUAAACGUGUGGUCCGAUUAUUUGUGUGAAGUUCAUCCAUCUGCAGCUAUAGAGGUUUUUUUUUUUUUUAGGUUACAAGAUUCAUGCAUGUCUUUUUUUGAUGAGCUGCGUUUUUAUCAAUCAUCUCCUAAACAACCAAAUAGUAGCAACAAGUGACUUCAUUGCCUUAAACAGUUUGCAUGUGUCUAGAGGAAAGAGUGGCUUUUUGUGCAUUACAGAUUGAAAGUGUGUGAAGAGUUAUGUAACAGCAUGGAACUUCGUAAUAAAGCAUAACAUAUGUUC